AUGCCAAAAAAAAAGGGGAACUACAGCACUUUUUGGCAACCUUUCUUCAAAAAAUGGGAAGAGCGAUGGCCUGUGAGAGCUUCCGUGUUUCCAGAUAUUCCUAUGAAUCAAGUUCUAACUGCAACUCAAUUAGAGGAAGAAGACCAGUUCAAAACUGGACUUCAGAAGCGCUUGACUGUCAAAUUCUGUAAUGAUCAUGGUACUUCAAAGCCUGGCCACAAGGCAGCUGCCACAGGCAAUUCAGCUGUCCACAAACUUCUCUCUAAUAUUGUUACAGGACCCAUGACCAGUCGGAAAUGUCCUCUUAAGGAAAGUGAGGUCUAUACUAAAAAGUAUUACACAUCUCAAGUCCAGGCCAGCAUCAAAGAUGAGCUAAAUACCAUCAAAGAAAAACAAUCCUAUGCCACCAAUCACAGAAAGAUAAAUAUUCGAGUGGUUUGGAAGUACAUUGACUGA